CCUUGUUCUCUCUCUCUGUUUAAGCUUCUUUCCUUUUAAAAACAGGGUUUUGAUAUUUCUGCUUGUUUGACUCGGUGGGAACGAUCUCUUUUGCUCCGAAAUUUCAAACUUUGGAAGCUCAUUUCGUCUUUCAAGAUUGUUUUUAAAAAGGGUCUUUCUUGGAUUCUUUGUUGAUCAAAGGCAUUGACUUUGUUGUUUCAGGUUGUUCUUCCCAAAAAUAGUUUGCCAAAGGUCAAGUAAGAUGCGUGCACCAGCAUUGCUUGCACAGUGUUUGCCUGGGUUGGUGCCCCAUGACCGGGGAACUCACAGCGUGUCCUCCAUUUCUGAGAGAGAUCUGCAUUUCCCUUCGCCAGCUGUUGAGAUUCUUCCAUCAAAGACAGCUCACCCCUACAAGUAUGCUGGAGAGAAUGCAGACUUGCAAGGGCUCAAUGUGUUCAAGGGAAGAGUUAGUGUUGCUGAUAUCAUUGGUUUCAAUGGUUUGGACAUAAUAUCUUCAAAAUCUGAUGGAUAUUUGAAAUCUUGGGACAGCUCUAUCGAUCUUGUUAAUGUCCUCAAGCAUGAGAUUCGUGAUGGACAAUUAAGCUUCAGAGGCAAAAGGGUACUUGAGCUUGGUAGCAGUUAUGGACUUCCGGGGAUUUUUGCAUGCUUGAAGGGAGCUUGCACAGUGCAUUUUCAAGACCUCAAUGCAGAAACUAUAAGAUGCACAACCAUACCAAAUGUCCUUGCCAAUCUGGAGCAAGCUCGGGACAAGCAGAGUAGACAUCCAGAGAGCCCUCUGACACCUUCCAGACAAACUCUGGCCCCAUCAGUCCACUUUUUUGCUGGGGACUGGAAUGAGCUCCCCACUGUCCUGUCUGUUGUGAAGAGUGAAGGGUGUGAAGCAACACCAGGGAUGAGCCUGAGCUUCUCCGAGGAGGAUUUCAUGGAUGGAUGUAGUAGCCUAGAUGGAAGCAUCACAGGGCAGGAAUCCACCUCUAGGCGAUCAAGGAAGCUUUCAGGAAGCCGGGCAUGGGAAAGGGCUAAUGAGAAUGAUCAGUGUGAGGGUGGUUAUGAUGUUAUUUUGAUGACAGACAUCCCAUACUCGGCCACCUCUUUGAAGAAGCUAUAUGCACUGAUGAAAAAAUGUGUCAGGCCUCCAUAUGGAGUAGUGUACUUAGCCACAAAGAAGAAUUAUGUGGGCUUCAACAGCGGAGCACGGCACCUGAAAAAUCUGGUAGAUGAUGAAGGCGUUUUUGGAGCACAUUUGGUCAAAGACACUGCCGAUAGAGAUGUUUGGAAAUUCUUUCUCAAGUGAACAGGAUAUACAGAAUUGCAGAAAAAUAGUCAGCAAACUUCAUUACAGGUUUUGAGAUAAUAUUUGUUAAUUUGUAUAAUAUAGAUCACAAAUAUUCCUUUUCUCCUCCUCUUUUUUUUUUUUUUUUUUUUUUUUUUUUUUUGGUGGUGGAGGUGGGAGGAGGAGGAAGGGGUUUUUUUAUGUUCAUUUUUAUUUUCCUGUCAUGCCUUCUGUAAUUUUUAAUUUCCCUCUUACUUUGACAAAAAUUUGUUCCUUGUCAAAACUGUAAAUCAAAAGAUUUACUAAUUUCAAAGUUAAAUAAUAUUGUUACUUUGUUCUUCUUCUUCA